AUGGCGCAACAAACACUCACCCACGUCCCAUUCCUCUACCGCUUCGUGUUCCUCUGGUUCGAACCAGCAGCCGCAUUCUUGGGUUCCAUACUUUUAUGGACCGACCCCGCGCUGAUUCUCAACACCAUGAGCCCUGGAAGUAGAUACGCGCCCGACAACCGAGUCAUGUAUGACCAAGUUGCGGCAACAUACACGCUCUUCGCAUUUAAUGAGGCUGUCCUACUGAGAACUACAAACGAUUUACGCGUCUGGCGCACUAUUAUUACUGGAAUUUUGAUAUGUGACGCGCUGCACAUGUACGCCAGCUGGGCUGCGCUGGGGAGCGUCUUCUGGAACCCUGGAGCGUGGAGAUGGGAGGAUUGGGUCAAUUUAGGGAGCUUAUGGGGUCAGGCUGCUGUUCGUGUCGCUUUCAUGGCAGGUGUUGGGUUGAAGAAAAAUGUUGGUGUCAAGAAGGAUUAA